UCAGAUGUGUUCACUGGGUGCAGUCAGUUGGCUGGUGUAACAACAUUGCCUGGAAUGUGGGACCUCUUACAGCUCGCCAAUUUUCAUUAGCCGUAGAGCGUUAUGAAUGGAAUAAACUGCAGAAUUUUAAAAGCAUAGUUCCAAUGGUACAUUUGAGCUGGAAUUUAGCCCGUAAUAUUCGUGUAUCAGAUCCUAAGCUUUUUGAAUUAAUUAAAAUGUGCUUAUUGCAAACAUUAAAAAAUGUAAUGCAUACUCUUGAGUAUGUGAAAUCUAAAGGUGUUUUAGUACGUUUUCAUGGUCGAGGAAAAAAUGAAGCAUCUCAUUACUGUGGUCAAUGUGAAGUAAGUAUAUUUAUAUAUGAGAAUACAUAUGUAUAUUUAAAUAACGAUUUAAUCUAACCGCAGAUAUUAUUU